CAUAGGUGCCAAAAACCAAAAACUUUUCAUAACAUAAGGUAUAGAGUUUAUAGGUUAUGAGAAUAAUUGUAACUAAAAUAAUAAAAUAUCUGGUUGAGAAAUGGUUUUAUUAGAAAAUGACUCGUUUCUAACAGAACUAAGAAAACUGUUUCAAAAAGCUCGAUUAGAUGGAUCAGUUACCAUGACAUUUAAACGUUAUGAUGGGAGAAAUCGACCAAUUCCAAGACCAGAUAGACCUCCACUUCCAGAUCUUCGUGAGCAUAUGUGCUUAGUAAGAGCUAAGUUUCGGUCUGAAAAAAUAGCCACAGUUAUACAUCAGAAAGACGUGAAUAAGUUUCAAGUAGCUUAUAGCAGUCUACUUAAAGGAAGCUUAGAUGGAUUGAAAAAACUUAAGAAGCCCAAAAAUAAAACAAAAGCAGAGUAGAAUAUUGAAAAAUAAAUCUUUUUUACUUGGGAAAAUGUUGA